AUGAGCGGUCCGUUGCCGAAGAAGCAGAAUGUUGAGAACCCGAUUAACGAGCCGGAGCAUCUGACGUUCUCUCCUGGGUCGGAGAUUCCAAGGAAUCUGGUGUACUGGCGCUUUCCGGACGAGUCGAGCUAUGUCGUCUCGCCGAGGGGUCAUCCGCAUACGCUCCGUCUGACGCCGAGUGUGUAUGGGCCUUCGUAUAAUCCUGAUUCUGUGACCGAUCCGAUUACGUUUGUUGCGAGGAGGCAGACGGAUACGUUGUUCCGGUUCAGUGUGGACUUGGAGUUUGAACCGACCUCGCCAGGGACGGAGGCAGGGAUUAGUCUGUUCUUGACGCAGGAGCAGCAUGUUGAUCUGAGUAUCGUUGGCGUUGCAGCUUCAAGGGUUCUCCAGCUGAAUACGAUCGGAAAGGGCAACUACAACGGAUCUCUGACGAAUGUCACGACGGAAGUGCCGCGGGGAUGGAGGGACCAGAAGGUUACUCUGUCAGUGGAAGCAGUCGACGACGAGACAUAUGAAUUCUCUGCUUCGCUGGCAUCGCGACCGCGGAAGAAGAUCCAUGUCGGUUCUGUUGAUGCGAGGGUUCUAUCCGGGGACACCGGGCGGUUUACAGGGACCCUUGUUGGCGUCUAUGCCUCUCGAGCUGGAAAGGGCGGAAAGAGUAAGGAUUAUGCGUACUUCAGCGACUGGAAGUAUGAGGGACUCGGGCAGAAGGUGGAUUGGGAUGUGAUUGUGCCGAGUUAUUGA